AUGGCUCAGCAAGGUGCACAGGCUGCACAUGUGCCGGUGGAUGACAUUGAUGAUGAUCUGCCAGAGCUUGAAGCGGCUGUAGGCCCACAGCUUCCCCAGCCGAUGCCCAAUAAUCCCUUCCUUGCGAGCCCAGCUGCCUCACCUUCACAAGGUCAGAUAGUGUUAGGCCCUGCCCAGCUGAAUGCUUUGUUUGAACAGUUGGCUGAAGCAACCCGUGCAGCAUCAGAUGCAGCAGCAGCAGCGGCAGCGGCGGCGACGUCCUCUCGGGACGGCCCGCCAACCUUGACUGGCAAGGACAUGUAUGUCUUUGCAGCUAGCACUAGAGAGCAGGAGCACACGUCUUGGCCAGGUUGGUUUUGGAGUUUUCAGCAGUACCUUUCAGCUCUUGAUCCGGGCUAUGGGCCCGACCUUGAAGCUUUGGAGGCAAACCCUGGUUCAGUGAUAGCAAAGGGCCAGGGCACCAUUGCACAGCAAGCCAGGUCACGUCAGCUGUAUUCGCUUUUGGCUGCCCUCAUUCGUGGCAGAGGUUACAUGAUUGUGCGACAGACCGAGAGUGGAAACGGUUUGGAAGCUUUGCGUCAGUUGAUGAGCCUCUUUGCCCCGCGCUCUCAGGGGCGCAGCUUGGGCAUCUUGACAGCGAUCACCCAGGUGCCUUCUUUCAAGCCCUCCGAGGCCUUGCUUCCGCAGAUUCUUGAUUUGGAGCGGGUUUUCACUUCUUAUGAACAGUCAGCUUCAGAGACCCUUCAGGGUAGCGUGAAAACUGCACUUCUUCUGCGAUGUUUGCCUGCCAACACAAAGAAUCAGAUAUAUGCCAGCUUGCCUGAGGAUGCCACUUACACUCAGGUGCGAGAGGCAAGCUUGAGGAUCGAGCGUCAGCAUUUCAAGUGGCAGUCUGUUUCUUACUUUGGGACGGUCCGCGAGGCCACAGCUCAGAGGCAUGAUGAGGCAACGCAGAUGGAAAUUGUGGAGUGCUACAACUGCGGUCGCAAAGGCCAUUAUUCCGCAGAGUGUUGGCGCAGCAAAGGUCAGGCGAAUGUGCAUCAGGUUGUCAACAAUCCGACUCCGUCGGAAGCUGCAGCAUCCACCGUGGGGCCGUCAGCGUCCCAGGCAGCGUCCCAGGCCACCACAGCAGUGCGUCGCAUUGAGAUUGAUUUGAGUGCAGUUGGCAGUGGCACAGGCAGCGGCAGUGGAGGCAUUCACAUGAUCACCCAGGCGAUGUCCGCGCCGAGACCGGACCAGGUGCUGCUCGAGCCAUACCCGAGCGAUGAGGUGCUACUCGAGCCGAACCCGAGUGAGGCGAUGUCCGCGCCCAGACCGGACCCGGUGCUGCUCGAGCCCUACCCGAGCGAGGCGACGUCCGCGCCCGAACCGGACUUGGUGCCACUCGAGCCUUUCCCGAGUGAAUUCAUUGAUCUUGUGCAUGCCACACUCCCUGCCAUGACUGUGCCUGAUUCUCUUGUGCGCAACUUUGAGCCAGCUGCCCCAAUGUAUGACAUGAGCUACAGUGACAGUGAGGGGGAAUGGACGUUUGCGAAUGGAUCCUUGAGUGUUGUGACUUUCGCUCCAGAGCAUCAGGUGUGUGCAAUCCAUCAGGACAUCGAGAUUGUGCUUGACAGUGGGGCCGAUCACUCGUGCCUUCCUGCGGCCUUUGGUUCCACCGGGACCUCAGCGCCGCCAUUGCAAGCAACGUUCCGUGAUGCACAGGGGAAUGUGAUUUCUCCUACGUCGGUGCGCAAUGCAAAGCUUGACCUUGGACCCUUGACCAUAACGGAAACCUGGUUGAUAGGCCCCGUGACUACCCCCUUGUUGAGCUUAGGCAAGCUUUACUGCCAAGGGUUUACGGUUGGCCGGGUGAACAAUGAGCUGAAGCUUUUCCGUGAGGGAGAUGAAGCCUAUGGGGUCCCCGUGUUCAUGAAGCACAACUCCCUGUGUGUCAGGGGUAGCAUCAGAGUCAUGCAGAGCGAUGCACCGCAGGCGGGGCAGGCGGGGCAUCCGCCAGCAAGCCCCGGUGAACAUCAUGCACCACAAUCGCAAACCAGUUCUGGCGAACCUCAUGCACCACAAUCGCAGACCAGUUCUUGCGAACCUCAUGCACCACAAUCGCAGUCCAGUACACCUCAGGGCGAUUUUCACGUGAAUGCAUUGACUGUGACAUUGCAUGGCCCUUGGUUGUCGCUCAAAGCGCCGUUUGUGCAGAUUGACACAGGUCUGGUGGCAAACAAGUGCACAAGCCUGUGCUACGUUGAUUGCACAUUGGCUUUCCCUAGCCUGCCGAUUGCUUUCAGGACCACAUUGCACAACAGCCCGCGUGGCUGGCUUUUGCAUACGCUGAACGAGGAUCUGUCAACUUUGGAUGAUUUUGAGGUUAGGUUCGAGGCUGCAUUUCCAAGGCCCAAGAUGUAUGAGACCAUCACGAUUGGUUCCACGUACCGGCUUGAUGUUCGCCAGUUGUUCCCUGAGCACUCUGAUCACCCGCUUGUGGCAGUGCCAGUGCCAGAGGAGUCAGACGGUGACCCGUCUCCCGAUGCUGCCAUGGACUUGGAUGUCAACAUUGAUGCAGGCGGCGUUGGCUUGGGAGCCAACGGAGGAGAUGCAGAUGAAGGCGAGUCUCCCGGUGCAGCGGGUAACGCGCCCGGUGAGAAACCUGUUGUCGUUGAUGGCACUGAGUUGACCCUUGAUUGCACCCUCGCCACGUUGCGAGCCGCGGCACAGAGUCUUGGGAUAGGUAAGUCGGGUGGUAAGGCGACAGUUCUUAAGAGGAUCAAGGAGUUUCUUGCGCGAAACGAUUUUCUGUGGGCCAACCUUCCGGCUGAUGUGCAGCUGCCUCGUGAGCAGGCGCCAGUGCGAGAGCCAUCCCAGGAUGAAGUGCGCAAGCAUUCGCUGACGCACAUGCCAUUCCAAGCAUGGUGCGCUGAAUGUGUUCAGCGUCGUGCCCGUUCUGAUAGACAUGAGAGGCACCCUGUUGGCGACCGUGAGCAUGCGACAAUUUGUUUUGAUUUUGCUUACACGAGUCGGCCUGAGACCCCUGAACAGAAGCUCGUGUGCCUAGUUGCGUCUUGCAAUUUUACCGGUGCAAAUCAAGCUUGGCCUGUUCCGGCCAAGGGCGGCAAUCUGCAGCUCAGGUACAUGACAUCAGAGCUUACAAGGUGGAUCGCGACUUUAGGCCACAGCGAGGUCACACUGCGCAGUGACCCAGAGCCGGUGUGUUUGUCGUUGCAAAAGCUUGUGCAGGCCCAGCGUCUUCGACUUGGAUUGCGGACCCAUCUUGAGCAGAGUGAGCCUGAUGAUCAUGCGGCCAAUGCGGCCGAACCUGCGGUCGAGACCCUUCGACAGCUGACCAACACGUUGCUUUCUGAGUUUGAGUCCCGUGCAGGUGUCAAGGUGGCAUCGUUGGAUGCAAUGCACGCAUGGGCAUGGCGGCAUGCAAGUUUCAUUCAGCAGCGGUUCACCAGAUCGCAAGGCCAGACUCCGUUCGAGCUGGCAUGUGGGCGGCCCUAUCAGGGCAAGCUUGUGUGCAUUGGUGAGACAGUUUAUGGAAGAGUUAAAAGUGCUGUGAAGGGACAACCCCGAUGGGGCAUAGGUUUGUGGUUGGGAAAACUUGGGUGUAGCGACGGCCACAUAGUCUUCACUGCUUCGGGACAUUUUCUUGCUUGCAGGUCGAUUCGUCGCUUACCACAAACUUACUUGAGGAGUGCUGAUUUUGCCAAGCGCCUGCGUGAUCAUCCCUAUUCCCAGGCAGCUUUUCUUGCGGGCCAAGUUGGACAGUGCAGGCCGCAGAAAACACGUGAUGCACAACAAGCACCUCCAGAGCCACAGCCAGAUGAAAGUGUCCCGGCCGGUGCGGAUCCACUUCCGUAUCCUGGCUAUGUUCUUCCUGACAAUGCACCGCUGAGUGAACUUGUGCCACCACCAGCCAUCAGAAGUGAUUUUGUGCCAGAGCCACCGACGCCCAUGCAGGAGGACAGUGGACCUGUCACGCCAUUGCAGCCAGCACCUUCCGAUGCAGAGGUUGUGAGUUCGCCUCUGGCUGUAGUGCCGGACGCUGAGGUGUUAGCCGAGGGGCCAAAUGCUGAUCGUGCCACGGGAUCGUCCGAUCCUGCUUCUUCGUCUGAGCCAGCGGCUGUACGUGUGCCUACCAGGGCUGCUGAGCCGAGUGCAAACGAGCCACGCAAACGGCUUCGUCUUGACGCUGUGACGUUUGAAGGUGUCGACAUGUACCACAACCACGAGGAGAAUGAUUUUGAAUUUGAGGGUGAAAUUUUAGAGGAUUUUGAUUAUGCCGCGGAGGCCGAUGGGGCCCAUGAUGACACGCGGUUGAUCGUCUCCUUGGGAUCCCUGCUCUUGAGCGUUGCCAGAGCACAAGCACUUGACCACCCGUUUUGUGGUGACAUGGCAGAGGACACAUGCACAAGUGUCAUGAUCAAUGGUGAACGCUUGUAUUUCAAGCUUCUCAGGCUCCUUCCGGGCCAGCGGGAAGGGAGCCAGACCUGGUUCUACCAGUUCACCGAUGCGCUGAAAGUCGGAAGCCGUGUCGAGCUGAUGCAAGAGGUGCCAUCGCUGUUCCGGUUCCAGCCUGAGGACGGCGGAGGCGGGGGACUUGUGCACGUCGAUGAUUUGCUUGGCACAGGACCCGCAAGUGUGAUCAAGUGCAUGACCGAUCAUCUUGAAAGGGAUUACAAAGUGACUGUGAAUUUGAUUUCGGUGCCAGGCCAAGAGGUUCAUUUUCUUAAGAAGCGGCAUUAUCUUUUGUCGAGCACAGAGUUGCUGAUUGAGGUGAGCCCAAAACACUUGGAAAAGUUGAAAUCUUUGUGCGGCCAUCCCAAGCACCGAAAAUCACCUCUCCCGUCCGGGCGGUUGCCCACGGAGAAGGAGGACGAUGCACCAUUGUCCCAGGAUCAGGCAUUUCGCUUUCGAUCAGCCGUUGGAGUGCUUUAUGUCGUCCCCGACCGUUGGGGCAUGGGCAAUCCUGCGGCAUUUGGAUUGCUGGAGGUGCUGCCGGCACCCACGCGAACCAAUGUCGCGGACAUUGGCACGAAGCUCCUUGGCGUGCAGCGCACGGCAACUGGAAGCCUGGGUGCAGAGGAUGGCGAUGAUGCCAAAGACGACGACGCGACUUUGACCGUUCUUGAUGCGAUUCUUGAAUCCUUGGUGCAAAUCGUCGGCUAUGCAUCUGCAGUGUAUGAAGCAUACCCUUCAACAUGUGUUGCGGUGUGCCAGUGCGUUGCAAUCACUGCAUUCUUGAUGUGUGCAUUCAUGUGUUGUGGCCGACGGAUGACAGAUGUUCCAGAAGCAUCUGUGCAGGUGCGCAUCGCGUCUGGAGUUGCGGUUGAUGUCCGAACAUCCCGAAGUGAGCCCAAGGCCAAGGCUGGUGAACAAGUGCGUGGAGCGCGGCCCAAAACCGCGAGUCGACCGAAGAUCGAGGACGAUGAUGAGCGAGCCCAGAGCCCUGGUGCACACGAGGUCCAUGCAGGCAGACCAGGGUCAUCCAACGAUGUGCUGAGAUCGAACAGCGAGGCCAGUGGGAGAUCCGAGAGGAUUCCGAAAGCACGCCCGAUUCCGCAGCGCCGGGUGCCACAAGCCCGAAGCGCAGACGGCGUGUGGAUUUCGACAAGUCAAGGAUAUGCUUAUCAUAAGGCUACAUGUGGCAAGCUGAACCAGUCGCUUGGCGUCACCGAGGUGUCGCGGGCAGUUGCCGAGGAGCGCGGCUACCGCGCGUGCCGCAUAUGCAAACCUUGA